CCAAAACCCAAAAUCAUGAGUUUUGAGAAAUUGGUUUUAAAGAAACUUGAUGAACAAACAAGAAUUAUAAUUCAUUAUCUUUCAAGGACAGUGCUUGGUGCACUACCAGACAUAUGGGUCCCAUAAUCAUCACUACCUCCACCAUUUUACCCCACCCCCCACAACCCCCCAUCUAUACAUUCUCUUGAUCCCCUGUAACCCCAUUUUACUCUUACACAUUUUCUUGAAAUUUACUCACAGAUUCUUGAAAAAACCCCUUUUCAUGGAACCAAGUCUUAGUGAAAAAGGUGCAAAAAUGGAGCAAGAUUACAAUAUGGGUAUUUGUUCUGAGGAUGAAACAGAGCUUGAGUUGGGGUUAGGUCUUAGCCUUAACAGUGGGGGUGGGGGUGGUGGGGUGGGGGGGAAGACUAAGAAGUCACCAUGGGGUGAGUAUGGUAGGAUUUUAACUGCUAAAGAUUUUCCUAAUGGAUUUUCAGCUAAAAGAUCCAUUAGUGGUGGUGUUUCUGGUACUAAAAGAGCUGCUGAUUUUGCUGGUACUACAACUGAGGUUGGAUCUCCUCCUACUGGUGCAAGCAGUCAGGUUGUGGGAUGGCCACCCAUAAGGGCAUACAGAAUGAACAGCUUGGUUAAUCAAUCAAAGGUUCUAAAUGCUGAUGAAGACAAGGGAGUUGGCGGGAACGAUAAGAAGGAGCACUCGAAGAAGAAAAUCAAUCAUGGGAACACUAAGGAUGAUGCAGCUUCUGUUAAAGAAAAGGGGCAUCUUGGUUUUGUGAAGGUGAAUAUGGAUGGUUUGCCUAUUGGAAGAAAGGUGGAUUUGAAUGCUCAUACUUGCUAUGAAUCGUUAGCCGAAACCUUGGAGGAUAUGUUCUUCAAAUCUACCAAAAGCGGUGAAAAGGAACAAGCAACUAAGUCUUUUAAGCUCUUGGAUGGAUCAUCUGAAUUUGUGCUCACAUAUGAGGAUAAAGAAGGAGACUGGAUGCUUGUUGGAGAUGUUCCAUUUGGGAUGUUUCUCAACACUGUGAAAAGGCUAAGAAUCAUGAGGACUUCUGAGGCUAAUGGACUUGCUCCAAGAAUCCCUCAGAAACAAGAGAGACACAAAGGAAAACCUAUCUAAAUAUGCUUUGGUGCAAGGAACAUGCUUGGUAAAAAAAGUUUGGAAGAAACAAAAAGUAAAACAGAAAUAGGGAUAAUGUUACUUUUUUCAUGGUUGCAUUUUUUGUUUUGCACCAUUUACUCUUCAAAAAGUGCCCCACUUUUGUGUUUUUUUUUUUUUUUUGGUUUAGGUCUAAAGCCCCCUCAUAUAGUUGAUACACCAAUGUUUUUGCCCCAAAAUCUACCUACCUUUCUCAUGAUGUAAAUAUGGGAAUGCUAUUUUCCUCUUUUUGUGUGUUUUGUGUUUGUUGCAAGAAAUUCUAUUUAUUUAUUUGUUUAUUUUAAUGUUGAGUUGAUCAAUCUCUUUUUGUUUGGUGGUAUAUAAGAUAAUAUAUUAUAUAGAA